AUGUUGGGGGAACAAUCGUUACGUAUUCCCAAGAAUAAGAGCACCGGGAACUUGCCACCCGCUAGAUACGAUGCGUCUGCGUUUGCCCAGAGAGGUCGAUUCUCCUUUGACGCGGGCACAGCCCAGGAAAUAAAUACUCUCAAGAGGGCUGCUCGCGUCGAACACGACUAUGGACUGGGCAGAUCAGGUCUUCGAAGGAUAAGACGACAGGCACCGGCUUUGCGGACGCCCACACUGGUUUUGGAAGAUGGAGAAUUUGAGCCUCCUCCUCUCCAUCACUCCAAAACCGCCCCAAUAUCCGGAUUGUCGUCCAGGUCGGUGUCAACAAGCCAUUUGAUCAGUGGUCCCACAUCUCCAGCUCUGGAAGACCUCCAUCGGUUUUCCUCCGAAUCCCUCCAUUCCUUUUCGUUUGCCCGACAAUCAGAAGAGUUUUUGCACAGCAGACAGAAUAUACUGCAAAAGUCGGUGGAUUUUGUCCGGGAUCGUUCUUCAUGGGCUGCCAACCCCGCUCUCGCUGACGCCCAGGCACGCGUCAGCGGCAAUGUGGAAAUACAGGGGAUGAUGGAACUGCUCAAGAAGGCGAACAUUAUCCCGAUCGACACCACCGAUAGCACGUCGAGAGGCAUCGGAGCAGGACCGCUGACCGGCCCCGCUCACCACGAUGGACGCAACAUUUUCGAAAAGAGCUUCAGCCAAGAGCUGGACCAAGCUCAAAGGGAAGCCGCGAAGACCAAGGUGGAAAACAUGUAUGCUGGGCGCAAAUACUCUCUGGAAGAAGACGACGAGCCGCUGCGGGAACCGGACCUGGAGAUGCGGUUAUCUCCAACCAGAGCCGAUUCCACGGACGCGCCCCGCCAGACCAGCUUGAGGAGGACCUACACGGAUGUACACUCCGUGUCUUUACAACGGAGACUCAUCGAGGCUCUUGCACGACCAUAUUCCACCGAGGACGAUUCUUUUGCCCACAACACUGUCGCAGCUCCCUCGAUGCGGAAAGUGACGACUCCAUCGGCAGCGGCGAAUGCGCCGUCGGUCCACAGCCACAGCAGCAAAUGGUCACCCACUCACCAAGCGGUCUUUCGCACUGAAGCAGACGCUCCUUGGACCAUUUUGGCCGCAAAUGAUCUGGCCUGUCUCAUUUUUGGCGUUACCCGUGCCGAAGUAAGGUCGCUGAGCAUUCUCGGCAUCAUUCAGGAGGAAAGGAGACAUUGGCUGGAAAAAAGGCUUGCCCGGCAUGAAGAGCCCAUGGAAGAGAAAUCUCCCCCACCAUCGUCAAGUGGAACCGGGAGGGGCUUGUCGUUGAUUGGAUCUGGAAGCGGUAUUACAGCUCGGCUGCUUAGUAAAGCUCCCUCUCGAGCUAACAAGUCUUCAGAAAGAGCAAAGACGGAUGACGGCUCUGGCGGUUCCAGCCAGCCCAAAUUCAGCCAUCACCCUUCAAACAAGUCGAGAGGCGUCCUGCUCUGCGGGGACAUCGUGCCUAUCCAGAGACGAGAUGGCACCAAAGGCGCAGCGAGCUUCUGGGUGAUGGAGAAGCGUGGGGGUCUGAUCUGGGUGGUCGAAGAGAUCACCGAGGACGUCGCCUAUCUCGACAUUGACGUUCGGGGCAGGGUGACGGACGCCCACGGCGAUGUGCUUGCCAUCUGGGGCCAGCCCAUCCUUGACGGUACCCCUCUCAAGUCUCUUCUCCCCAAGUUUCCCUUGGAUGCUUUUGACUCCUAUGACAAGCAUCAUUUAGGAUAUUUCACCGCUCAAACAGCGGAAUAUGUCAACGUCCCGGUCACUGUAGAGAAAUCACCGACAGAAAAUCAACUUCGAGUCUCGAGCCUCCCUCACAUAGCCGGUGUCAUGGUGUUGGACCCCGACACACUUAAAAUCAGCAGCUCCAACACCAUAUUCUCGGCCGCGCUGUUCGGCUACGAGCAACCGGAAGGAUUGCCAAUCUCCAAUCUGAUCCCCAGCUUUGAGGACAUCCUGAAUAUUUUCAGGGACGAUGACGAGGUUGACCUCGUUGAUGGCAUCGUUAUUCCCGAGCACAGUUUCCGCCGAGCCCGUGCCCUCCUCGCGCUUCGGGAGGGGAGAGAAAACCCAGCCAAUAUAUUCUUGCGACCGUGUGGUCUUCUAGCCACACACCGAGAUGGAUCGGACAUUAUGGUCGAUAUCCAGAUGAGGGUUGUCCGUAGUGAAACUGUGUUUCCCAUGUCAGAUGAAGCCGUCAUCGAAGAGAAGGACGAAUCUCGCGCCGAAUCAGGUGUGGCCGUCGCCGAGCUGGUUUACGCACUUUGGAUCAUCUAUUCUCGCAAUAUUCACUCGACGGGGUCGGGUGACCCCGAUGACACUGUGCCUUCACGCUCUUUAUCGCUCCCCUCUCAGCCCGACCCGCCUCCGACGCUUCCAUCUCCACCGCCGACCGCGUCGGAUGUCUCUGGCAAGUCUGCUGACAGCUCACAAGUGUCGCUUCACGCAGAUCCGUCAGAUGAGACGGGAUCAAUCGCCAUGGAUGAGCCAUUGGAACACCCCCCGCCGCAUACCCCAUACGUACCUCACGACAAGAAGACCAUUGACGAUUUCAACAUUUUGGAAGAGAUGGGAUCUGGUGCGUAUGGUCAGGUGAAGCUGGUUCGAUACAAGAAAGGCCAGUCGCAAAAGAUGGUGCUGAAGUAUGUGACCAAGAAACGAAUCCUUGUGGAUACGUGGACCAGAGAUCGGCGGUUGGGUACCGUGCCGUUGGAAAUCCACGUCCUCGACUAUCUUCGCCGAGACGAACUUCGGCAUCCCAACAUUGUGGAGAUGGUUGAUUUCUUCGAGGACGACGUGAAUUACUAUAUCGAAAUGCUCCCGCAUGGGGUUCCAGGCAUGGAUCUGUUCGAUUAUAUCGAGUUGAGAACGAAUAUGACCGAGGUGGAGAGCCAGAAUAUCUUCCGUCAAGUGGUGGAUGCCAUUCACCACCUUCACACCAAGGCCUUUGUGGUGCAUCGAGACAUCAAAGAUGAAAAUGUCGUGUUGGAUGGCGAAGGGCGAAUCAAGCUGAUUGACUUUGGCAGUGCUGCAUACAUCAAGAACGGCCCAUUCGAUGUGUUUGUGGGCACCAUAGACUACGCUGCCCCCGAAGUCUUGCAGGGUAAAGCAUAUGGAGGGAAGGAACAGGAUGUAUGGGCGUUGGGAAUAUUGUUGUAUACCAUUGCAUACAAAGAAAAUCCAUUUUAUAAUUUAGAUGAAAUUCUCGACCACCCAUUACGAGUUCCAUUUUUGCCUUUCUCGGAAGAAUGUCUGCAGCUCAUUCGAAAGAUGCUAGAACGAGACGUUGAGAAGCGAAUUACCAUCGAGGAAGUGCGAGCGGACCCCUGGCUUGAGGAGGAAUAUUGA